AUGCUGGAAAGUUCACUGGAAACUGAAAUUUCCAAGAUUCCAUUAGCUAUGACAAAGGAACAGUUGGAUAAUAUUGAACAUAAGAUUUUAUUUCGUCAAGUGAAAUCGGUCAAAGCUGGAGAUAUUGAACGAUUUAGAAUCCAUUUCACUCCACAUGCAGAAGGAGAUGAAGUUAUUAUUCCACCUACUUUAUGGGUGAAAAUUCGAAAUACCGAGCCAGUAUCGAAAAGAGCAAUAUAUUUAGCUGGACCCUACAUAUUAUAUGUUGAUUGUCGACUGCUGGAUUAUGACCCAAACGUUAAGUAUUUUGUGACUGCUGACCAACCAGUUUUCGAACCCCAAUUACUUGCAGGGCAAUCUUUCUAUAUUCAAUUAUCGUGUCAUACUUUGAAGAAAGAUUAUUCAUGGAUAGUAGACGUUGUGCCACAAAUAAUAUUCAACACUACCAUAUCGAUUGAUUUUGAAAUUAUGAUUGGGACAUCCAAACAAAUCUUACAUGAAGCAUCUUUCCCAGAGAAAUCAGUACCAAUGUCAGAUAAAAUUGGGUGUUUUAAUGAAUUAUUGCAUGUAUAUAACUGGGAUACUUUGGAUCUUUGGAACUUGCCCGUGUUAAACCCCGAUAAGCCCAAACAUUUAGUAAUAUUAACACAUGGACUACAUUCGAAUGCAAGUUCAGAUAUGUUGUACUUGAAGGAACAGAUUGAUCGAAUAGCAGAGUUGAGAAAUGAUAAUGAAGAGAUUGUCGUGAAAGGCUAUUUUGGAAAUAUUGGCAAGACAGAACGAGGCAUCAAGUAUUUGGGUAGCAGAGUGGCAGAAUUUAUUAUUGAUUUAGUAACUGAAAAUGAACUGUUCAAUAAUGGUAAAGUAAAGAAAAUAUCCUUUGUUGGGCAUUCAUUGGGUGGAUGUGUACAAACAUUUGCUAUUGCUUAUUUGCAAGUAAAUUUCCCUUGGUUUUUUGAAGCAAUUAAGCCCAUCAAUUUUAUUACAUUGGCGUCACCAUUAUUAGGUGUUGUCAAUGAAAACCCUCUGGUGGUGAAAUGGGUGUUACUGGCAGGAUUUGUUGGUAAUACUGGACAAGAACUAGGAUUAAAAUAUUUGGAAAAUGGCGCCAAACCAUUAUUGUUGUUGUUACCAGCUGGACCCACCCACGAGGUUCUUAAGAAGUUUGUACGAAGAACCGUGUAUGCUAAUGCAAUUAAUGACGGUAUUGUUCCCUUGCGAACUUCUUCAUUAUUGUUUUUGGAUUAUAAAGGCUUGGCGGAAAUUAUCAACUCAGAAGAAUUAGCUCAGAGUGACGAAACAGGGAAAAUCCCCGAAUCAGUGGAACUGGCAAAUAAAUUUCUGGCAGUGCAAACUUUUUUGAGUUAUUUAAUGCCUCAAAAGCAAGCUAGCGAAGAAUAUAGACGAUUUCAAACUCAAGAUGAUAAAGUGGUGGAGACCAAUAAAUCAGAUGGAAAGUCUAUUCCCAACUCGACCUUUCUUGAUUCUGCAGCUUCUUUAAUUUUGCCACCACUUCCUUCGAUGAAGUAUAUUGUGGAUCCUUCGACCAGAGAAAAUAUUGUAAUUCACGACAAAGUGUAUUAUGAGAAAGACUUGCCAGAGAGGGAUCUUGAUGUUGAAUUAGAUUCAUUUGAAUGGCUUGAAGAAGAAAUUGCUCGAGAAUAUCAUAAAAACAUGGGAUGGAGAAAAGUAGUUGUUAAGAUGAAACCAGAUGCCCAUAAUAAUAUUAUAGUACGUAGGAGAUUUGCUAAUGCUUAUGGAUGGCCAGUUAUUCAACAUUUGGUGGAAAACCAUUUUGGCCCUAACAGAACUGUUGAUUUGAAACUGAUUGACAGUUCCAUCAUGGAUCUGGUGAGUACUGAUUCGUUAGAUGAAGAAAAUGGGUUGACAAGAAUCAUAUCAAGAGAUUUAAUUAGCAGACAGAAUAAAGAGAUUGAUGAGAAUGUAACUGAAGAACAAAGACUCGAAGAUUAUCCUCACGAGUGGAUUAAUUCUGAGCAUAAUGGCGACUCAAUGUUUGCUGUGGGUGUUACAGGGCUAUUAGGAGAGGUUGCCGAUAUGGUUGGAGGAUUUAGAGAUCAGAUUACAAAAUACAGCUUAAACCCUCCAACUUUACCAAUCAUCGGAGAGAUUCCACUCCCUGCAGCUCUAAUGGCACCUACUAAUACAAAUAAUGGGAAUACGAAAUCAGAGGAAGAAUUGAAUAAAGACUUGAAACUAUCUAAUAAUGGGGUAAUGAAUGAUUUUAUAUAG